AUUUGCAAUGUUGUAAUGAAAUAAAUGAAUUUUAAUAUUUGAUAUGAGAGUUGUAUUUUUGGUAAUUUUCGUUCGUGCAUAUGUUUGACAAUAAUGUUAAAGUCAAGGAAAAGAAUUUCCAAUUCAGACAAGAUAAACCCAACUUCAAGCAACAAGAAACGAAAGAAUGGAAAAGAAAAUGAUGUAUCUAGGAAUGAUCACAAUAACAAAGUGUUGCAAUCUACAUUUGGUAAACUAGUGACUAAAGCUGGUAUAAUUCUUAGCAUAGGAGAAGCACCACAUAAAAUAAAAUUAGAUCAGACAAUAUUUCAGAGAAAUUUAUCAAAUGGAUUAAAAAGACAUCAGAAUUAUCCUCAGGUUCUGGAUGAAUUCAUUGAAGGUUUAACAAGCUAUUUUGAAGAACCAGAGAGGUUCUGUGUAUCCUUGUUGCCAACAUCAACUUCUGAAAAUGUUGAAGAAAGUACCCGUGGCCCAGUUCAAGACAGUUUGAUGAGAAUAUUCCUAGGAGUUGAAAUGCUACAGCCAUUAAUUGCCAAUGUUCUGUUGGAGAAAAUCCCAGAGUUUUCUGAUGAUAGCAGCAGAGUUUCAGAGCAUGACAUACCAAGAUUGGUUAUUAAUCAAUUUAAAUGGUUGGAUAAAAUUUCCCAUCCAAAGGAUUUGAGUGGCAAAUUAUUGGAAAUCAUCAGUAUCUCAAGUGUGUCAAUACAACGUGAAAUUAUUACUGCUAUUCCAGAAAUCCUUGACGACAACGAACAUGUGGAAAUUGCCAGAGAAUUAAUAGACAUAAUGAAAGAGAAUUCACAGUUGACAUUGGCAAUACUGGACACUCUCACUAAUCUCAAUUUGAAAACUGAUCUACUUUCUGAGGUGCGAGAAUCUGUAAUCAAUAUGUUAUCCUCAACAGAAAUGGAUGAUCUUCCCGUGGUCGUGAAGUUUAUUUUACAAUCAGUUGCAGACAACGAAGCUUUUGAGGCGAUAACUGAACUACGCAAUAAUCUGGAGUUUAGUUGUUCCCUGAUUCCGUCGGCUACCUCAACUCCAUCGCACGUUAGAAAAAGUUCUGAUAGACGCAACUCAAAAGAUGGCGUUUUACUGACCUUGGAUGCUAUUAAAGCCAGUAUCAGAUUUCGAAAGUCUAUAGCUGACGGUUGGUUGAAGACCUUGGACAAUGUAAAAAAUUCAUCGGAGCAUUUGGUGAUAGAUAUUUUCGUCGCUCUCAUUCUUUAUGCUGUGACCAGCAAGAGAAAACUUGUUGAAAGUUUGCUACGGAACAAAAUCCGCAGCGGUUGUUUUACUGAAGAUAUUCUGGGCAAGGCAUUCAAGUUUUUUGGACAGGUUCUACGAGAAUAUUUCGAAAAUCUUUUGAUCAUUUCUGAAGUACUUCUUCGAUCUCCUGAUUCCAUUGUUUCUUCUUACGCGAGAGCCAUUUACGUUCAAGCUUUUCUCUCUUUUGAUCUGUACUGCAAACAGGAAGUCGUUGGUGCCUUGGUCACUCAUGUUGGUAGUGGUUUUCCCAAUGAAGCAGAUCCAUCUCUCGAUGUUUUGAGUGAUUUAGUUGAACACCAUCCGUCUCAUAUGUCCUCGUUUGCAAUCUUUCUCAAAGGUAUACUGGAUUAUUUGGACAACCUGAGUAUCGGCCAAACUCGCAAGUUAUUUCAGAUGUUGAGUUCUUUGGCUUUUCAUAAUGAUGAUGGCAGUAUGAUACAGGAUGAUCUUCAUAUGGUUAUCAGAAAACAACUUUCCAGCAACUCAGUGAAGUAUAAACGAAUUGGUAUCAUUGGUGCUUUAAUGAUCGUUCAAAGUAUGGCAAAACCUAGCUCUGGUGAAGAAGAGACAGGCCUGGAUUCGACGAGUCAGUCACAGCCAAUAAGUAUGAUAAAUGAGAAACAGAAACAGGUUGUCAAUUUGUUAGACUUAGUUCGCAAUAGCAUCACUCGGGUGCCAGAGGCUGUCGCAUUGUUCUACGAUGAGUUGGCGAACGUUAUCGAGAAGCGACAGUUGGAUACAAAAACUGAGGCUUGGAUCAGUGAGACAGUUGUUAGCGAUUUCCAAGAUGACUUUUUGAUCGACGUGGAAACAGAAUUUCCUGAGAGUGCACUUCCCAUUGAUUUUGUUGGGGCUUUGGACGAUGCUGAAGAAGGCUGUAUUGCUUUUAAUUUGGUUUCAUUGUUAAUAAACCAUUCUGACAAAAGUUCCCAAACAGUUGCUCCUGUUUGCUCGGCGCCUCAUUUCCGUCUUCUUCGAGUCUGUGAACAGAAUCGUAACAAAGGAAAGCUUGAAGGAAUCGAUGCCUUGUUAGGCUGCCCGGUGGUGAUGUUUAAAAUGGAGGAGAUCCUUUUAACGUUCAAUAAACAGAGUAUUCAAGAUCGUGAACUUGUUUGUAGUUCAUUAUUUUACUGCUUGAACUGGUAUAGAGAGUUGGUCAAUGCUUUCUCGACGGAAACAGAUCCGGAGAUGAAGGGAAAAACAUUAAAUCGUGUCAAAACAAUUGUCAUUUUACAAGAUUGGUUGGAUCAAUGUUUGAAAGAUACUCCAAACUUCGUACCACCGCUGGUUCACUUUGACACAGAGGAAAACGCGUGGAAGAAUUCUGCUCUUCCCAGGACCAGUGCCAAAAGAACGCGAACGGGAAAAAAUAAACACAAGGAAAAUGAACAUGACAAGACCAUUGACGAGUACAUGGAGAAAGACACUUCCAGUAAAGACGACGUUACGGUAAUUGAAGAAAAGAAGGAAAAAAGAAGUUCAAUGUCCGGCAUUUUUCAUUCUUCCAAAUAUCGUGCUUGUUUCAGAGAGUUGGAUCUAAAUGUUUUUGAGAUUCUGAAAUGUGGGUUGGUCUCCAAAGCCGUUCUUGAUUCAAAUAUGAAUACGGAGAAAAAAGAAAUUUUGCAGUUACAAGCACCAGAACUAUAUUUCCUACUGGAUGAUCUCGCUAAGAAACUGGAAUACUCUCUUUCGUCUUCUGUCAAAGCAGGUUUCUCAAAGCUUCACCAAGAUAAACAAAUCGGUUUUUCACAUCUCGCGCAAAAGACUGUCGAAGAAAUUGUUGUGUACGUUCUUGAGCUGUUGCCUGAACUCUGUCAACAUUUGGAAACAACGAGUGCGUUCUUUCAGGACUUGUUUGAAGCUAAUGACGGCGUGAUGGAUGGACCAGGAAGUGAUACGGACGAAGCAAAAAUAAUGGCGUCAUGUUUUGAACGUCUGUUUUUUUGCAUGGCUCAAUUUUUCUCAUGGUCUGGUUUUAAUAAUGCGUGCAACAAAAGUCAUCUCAAAAAGGCAUUUGUGAUAUUGAGCUCAAGAACGAAAAUUUCAAAGAAAUCACAACCUGGCUUUCAGGAACUUGCAAGUCAAGCCUUCCGGUACUUCGAGCAGUUCUCCUCCACUCUUCCAUCAAUUACGACUGCUGUGACUUUGGUCAAACUCCUAACCGCCGUGAAAAGUAAAAUUGACAACGAAACUAAUUGCCUGUCAGUAUCUUCUAUAUGUGGCGAUCUUCUCAAACGGGAAUGGGUGCAGCCUGAUGGACAGAGAGAACAAGGAUCAAAAUUCAAUGAAAAUCUUCAAUUUUUACUGAAACGUCAUAUUCUCCAAGCAAAAGAUCCUUCAGCAGCUAUUGAAAGUAUUACAACUUGUGCUAUUCCUGAACUCUUGGAUGAGAAGAGUGUUUGCACUGCCUCGACAACGAUGCCUACUUUAACACGACCGUCGUUUCCCGCAUAUUACAAAACAUUGCUUGAUUGUCUUGUUUCGUGUUUCAAGAAUUCAUUGUCAGCACCGAUGAAACGGUCUGAUUCAAUAGAGAUGAAAGCAGAGAGACUCGUAGUCAUCAAUGUCACUGUCAGACUGUUUCAUGUUUUGGUCAAUCUUGUCAAGGCUUUUGAACACAGAAAUGUAUUAGGGGCCGCUCUGAAGUAUGGACGUCUUUUUGUUGAGGCAUUUGUGAGUCUUGGUAUGCCAGCGUUAGACGAUAUGCUUCGCACAAACAAGGAUGAUAUUCAUGGCUUAUUGAAAGUGUUUCAACAAAGUACAAGAAGUUUACAGCACUUUUGCGGUCAUUCAAAGGUGACUAAAGACAUCUCAUUGACAAAUCACGUUCCAGGCCUCAAAAAAUCUCUGGAAACUUUUGUAUUCCGAGUGAAGGCGAUGUUAGCGGUGAACCAGUGUCACGAAGCAUUCUGGAUCGGUAAUCUUAAGAAUCGUGAUCUACGAGGUCAGGAAAUCGUAUCCCAGCAGUCAAUAGGAGAUCGAGAGGAGGAACCCGAGGAGACUGAGAUCGAGGAUGACGACGAGGAUAAACAGAGCAAUGAUGAUGAAGAAAGUAUCGUCAGCGUUGAUAGAGCCGAUCAAGAUGAAGACGACGAAUCGUGUAGUGAAAGUUUUUAAACGAAAAGGAAAUUAAAAGUGGGAUAAAUAUGUACAUUUUGUUUUAGAGGUCUCACAAGGUCCGUGUGUGGUGUAAUUGUAUAAAUAUAAAAUUAUAGAUUAUUUUAGGUGUCGAGCCGGUAACAUCAGUGCUUACAACUAGUUAAUUCAUUAAGUACAGCAAUUACGCUGCAAUUAAUAAAGAUCCUGAAUGCUCAGAUCUUCUUUGCUAACCUGUUUCACUCUAAUUUUGCCUGUCAUUAUGCA